AUGACGGGCAGCGCUGCCAUUUUGUCGCCGGCCGCGAGGCGGGAGGAGAUUUCCUCCCGCAAUUCCUGUGAGGAAUUCCCAAAUUCCCAUGAGGAAAACCGCACCUGGAGCUUCCCGCUUGGAAUUCCUUACCUUUUUUCCCUGGAUUUCUUCUCUUUGCAGGUGAAAGAGCUCGUUCUGGACAACUGCCGGUCGUACGAAGGGAAAAUCGAGGGCCUCACGGAUGAGUUUGAGGAGCUGGAAUUCCUCAGCACAAUCAACGUCGGCUUAACCUCAGUCGCAAACUUACCAAAGUUAAACAAACUUAAGAAGCUCGAGCUGAGCGACAACAGAAUCUCAGGAGGCCUGGAAGUGUUGGCAGAGAAGUGUCCGAACCUCACGCACCUAAACCUAAGCGGCAACAAAAUUAAAGAUCUCGGGACAAUAGAACCUCUGAAAAAGUUGGAAAACCUGAAGAGCUUAGACCUGUUCAACUGCGAGGUGACCAACCUGAACGACUACCGGGAAAACGUGUUCAAGCUGCUGCCGCAGCUCACCUACCUGGACGGAUACGACCGCGACGACAAGGAGGCGCCCGACUCUGACGCCGAGGGAUACGUGGAGGGGCUGGAGGAGGAGGAGGAGGAGGAGGAUGUGAAAGAGCGGGAUGAGAAGGAAGCGCCGGAUUCCGACGCCGAGGGCUACGUGGAGGGGCUGGACGACGAGGAGGAGGAUGAGGACGAGGAGGAAUAUGACGACGACGCUCAGGUAGUGGAGGAUGAGGAGGAUGAGGAGGAGGAGGAGGAAGGGGAGGAGGAGGAUGUGAGCGGAGAGGAGGAGGAGGACGAGGAAGGCUACAACGACGGCGAGGUGGACGACGAGGAGGACGAGGAGGAGCCCGAGGAAGAGCGGGGCCAGAAGAGGAAACGAGAGCCGGAGGAUGAGGGGGACGAGGACGACUGAGCGGCUUUUCCCCGGAAAAACAAAAUUCCCUCUUGUGAUUUGACUGUUUUUAUCCCGGAAUUCCCCCUUUUCCCACUCCCGACCCUUUGGAUUUUCCUUUUCUUUUCCUGGUUUUAUUUUUUUUUUUUGGUUUUUUUUCCGGAUUGUAACGUUGCCGUGGGAACCGAGCGGGAGCAGCUGGGGUGGGAAGGGAAUAAAAUCCUAUUUUUACUGCCGCUCCUCCUCCGA